AUGGAUGUUCCCAGAAAAAGGAACGGAAUUCGACUUGGGGCUGUCAUUCCGUUUACCUUAUCAACAGUUGCUUUUGCCCUCACCCUUCUGGCUGUUCUCUCGGGCUCACAUCCCAACAUCUUUGAAGAUGGCGACAUGGUCACUGUAAACUCUUCCUGCAAGUGCGGCUCAAUCCGCGUUAGCACCGGGGCGACUUCGACGGCUGGAGCUGGUGGCUUUCUAAGCUCACUUCUAGGGCCUGCACAAGGCAUCCUCGGAGAUUUGGGCAACGUUUUCGAUGGCAUUGUUUCGAAUCUCACAACAGACCUUGAUAGCGGCCUUACGAACUUGGAAAAGGGAUUGGCAGCAAACAUUACCAAAGAAUUAGGUAUUCAGCAAUACUACAGUCUCUACGUCAAUGGGAUCUGUAUGGGCAGCUUUGAUAAUGGUAGCGACCCGAAUUCUGCAGCCAACAGUACCCGCUGCACGACAUAUCCGAAUGCUGCCUCUGGCCUCUCUAAUUUCAGUAUUCCAAAUUCUAUCACACUCGGAACAACAAAUAUCAGUGUUCCUAUCUUGGCCUCCGUGUCUGGCACAGGCGGUACCAUCACCAGUGCCGUUACAAUUUUGACCAAGGCUAUUCUCGCCUUCUUCAUCCUCAGUCUUAUCCAUGCUAUGACAGCAAUCGGCUCUGGUGUUGGUUUCCUCCUCCCGGGGAGCUCGAUUGCCGUCUACUUGAACUUAAGUUUUUCCAUAUUGGGCUGGAUCUUCCAUGCCGUUGGGACAGCACUGUCAACAGCUGUAAUCGCUACUCUGAACCUAGUAGCGAGCAGUAUUGGCAAUAGCGUGGGUGUCUACUCGGCGCAAGGCACCAAGUUCCUCAUUUUUGUAGGGAUCAGCUUUGCUUUCCUUUUGAUUUCUAGUUUCUAUUGGGUUGCCAUUUGGUUCGUUGAGUUUCGCAAGUUUACUUUGAGGGUGCGCAAACGUAGUUCAGAUGAAAUUGGCAAUUGGAGAGGUAUUGUCACGUGCUGCGCUCAGGCGUACAUAUAGCUUCUUCACCGCCCUUAGGGCACCAUCAUUCAU